CCACUCCCAUACCAGUCCGCCUCUAACACCCACCGACCUAUCCUUUAUGGUCAACACUAGAUUUGCACUAUCUGAUGACCGGCGGACCUUCUCGGCGCAAUCCACAGACUUGCAGCGGCGAGACCAUGAAGCUCCCAGUACCUCAAAAUCUGCUCUCCAGUAGCCCGGCGUGUCCAGGCAGUAUACACUCCAACGCGGCCGUCAUGCCCAUGGACUGACACUAUGUCGACAAAACGUCCGGUGCUGGUGCUGUGGUACGAGCGUCGAAGACAUAUCCUAUGGACACCAAAUACUCGACAACAUACUCCUCUCUCCAUGCCGGGACGAGCAACAUCAUGCCAUCUGCCUCCCACGUUACACUAUCUUCUGCGGACACCACCUGAAGCGCUAUAUCCCCUGAAACAACUGCCAGCGCGGAGUCGAGCAUUGCUAGAAAGGCUGAGGUGCUGGGUACAAAUCCGCGGUCAUUGAUAGCGCAACGAGUAGGCGGGCAUCUGCAUAGAAGAACACUCGAAGUUUGGUCUCCGGCGGGAGGUUGGCAAUGUGGGAUGACAUGGAUGGGGGUUUGUAGUUCUCGACUGUCCAUUCCAUAACCCCUAUUCCCCUAUUCGACACGGAGCAAUACGUCAGCUUACCAUAAUAGCGCACGCAAGUGAGACCUCAUCCUUCUCUUUCGCAUUCCACCAUGUCCCUCCUUACUACUUCGGAUGGCCGUCCUGUACUCGAACAAUGGACCGAUGACAUACUCCCUUUCAUACAACGGCUUCAUCCCGAUGUCGAAGUCUCUGGCGGGUCACAACAAAUAACUGAGACAUUGUCUCGUAGACAUGUGCCCGCUGAUAUCGAGCGCCUCGCAAUGUGGGCAACCGUUCAAGACGACCCAGCGAUUGGGGACAGUCACCGUCGCAAGGUGCUCACUUACGUGUAUACUAUAUCUCAUGAUCUCGGGCCACUCCCUUCUCAUCGUCGUGUUGGGGUGCUGUUACAUGGCUUUGUGAAGUCAGUCAAUGUCACGACAUUCGGCGACUGGAGAGGGUGCGUCAGUCUUUUCCAUUCCUGUGCACUAGUAGCUAACAAAUGCAGGGAGGCAUCUAUGACAAAGAUGGCGGGCCACCAUGUCACUCUCUAUGCUGGUGGUCGGCGCAACAUCUGGGAGAAGACGACGACACCUUUGAAUAACUUUGUUAACUUCAGUAGCCUCGUACUCGGCAUCCCAGUAGAAGGUAUCCGACCCGUCUUUGGCCGAACCGUGUCAUUGCACCACCGUGUGUUUGAAAAGGUCAUUACCUCGGCAGCAGGCGCUGAUGCCGCCUCCGAUCCGUUCGCACUAGAUGAUCCCUACAAUCUCCAUGACCGGAUCCCCACAGGUUGGCGUUUGGCGACACAACCUGCCUUGCUUGCCGCAGGGCCUGUUGGUUCCACAAGCCCUCUACCGCACAUGCUGCUUGCGAAGGGAGAUUUUGUGGAGGUUGCCGCAACCUUUGACCUCGUGGUCGCUUCCAAUCCUUCAAGGCGUCGUACUCUCAAGGUGUUUCUAUCUUUUACGAGGAUCACCCGCAUUGCGAAAGCAUCGGACGUGGAGCGUCCUGUACGUGGUUUCUUCCGUGUCUAUGAUGGCAUGUCUAACACGCAGUUGCUGGAAGCAGACGGUUACAAAACGCAAUAUGUCUUCCAUGUCUGACCCCGCAUCCAAUGACAAUCACAAGCGGCAAACUACUACGUCAGACUGAUACACGAUUACAUGAUGUUCUGUUUCAUACACCGCAUGUAGAUACUUAUGAAAUGAAUCCUCC